AUGACCAAAUUAAUAGAAACAAAAACCUAUAAAAAAUUUAAAGAAAAUUAGGAUAGAAAACAAAGAGAGUAUAAAUUAGAGAAAUCAGUUAAUAUAACUCAAUUGUAAAUUAAUUACUAAAUAAUUAGGUUAUAGAAAUAAGAAGAAAGAAAAUCAAAUAGUAUUUCCAAAAUAUUACGAUCAGAAAAGAGCUUAAGUUAGCUAUUAAGCAAUCAAAAUAAUCAAUACAUAAAUAUACUAAUUUUGAUAGAAUAAAAACUGUAGUUUUGUCUCGAUCACUUCUACUUUAAUUUACUAGCAAAUUUAGAAUAAUAUGAAAGUUUGAUAGUUUAGUUUGAAUUUGAAGAUAAUUAUCUUUAAAUAUUCAAUCAAAGAUAAAAUGGCGAUUACUAAAAGGUCAAUAGAACCUUAUAUCUAUGCUAAUUUCUUAGAUUUUACUAAAGAAUAAUAGAAGGAUGUCUAAAAUAAAUAAUCAAUUUUUUUAAAUGGAUUUAUAUUGAAAAUUAUAUAUCAAUGAUAAAUAAUAGCAAAGUUAAUAGUUUAGUAUACAUAAAGCAUAGAAAGCCUCAAAGUUCUUCUCUCAAAAAGCGCUAUAAAGAGAGAGUAAAUCUUAAGAAAUACUCCUUAGGAAAGAGCUUGGAAUGAUAGGAUAAUUAUCUCUGAAUAAAUCUUGCAUCUCAGGACAAAAGAGAGUUUCAAUAGGAAGAGGCUGCCAAAAUUAUAAAAUACUACAGCAACAAUAGUAGAAAAAUAUAUCAACAUUCAUAAACAUCAGCAAGAAUACAGUGAACUUGCUGAGUGCGAACAAAGAAUAUUUGAAACCAAAUUGGAAUAGUUAAGACAACUCUAUAAAGUGUAUUGUAUUCCUCAAGUCCAUUAAGUAUAAUAUUUAUGUCUAUAUGCUUAAGAAUCUAUUUUAUGCAUUUUUAGAAGCAUCGUCGAAUAAAAGAGUUGUUGUAGAAGAGGAGCUAAAUCUAAUGAAUCAGAAAUUAGCUCCAAUACAGCAUUGUAUGUUUGUUAUUGCAGCUAGGGAGAAUUGUUUUAAAUAAGUCUUAACUUUGGUUAAACAGAAUUAGGCUCAAAUUGACUAAAUAUCAGAAAAAUUAAAAGACCUCAGGAUGCUUAAUAUAUCCACUUUAGAAAGCAUUGUUAAAUGGCAAUAAUAUUUCCAAAAUAAAAAUCUAAGGUAAGUAUUCCAAUUAGAUGAAAAUCCUCCUUAUCAUGAGAGAUUUUAUAAUGAUUAUUUAGAAUUGAAACCUUAGCUUAUCAAUUUAUUCAAAGUUUCAGAUUAGCCAGAUCCUUUCUUUGUUUAAUUGUUAGGCAAAGGAUAGUAAAAAUUGUAUAUCAGAAUAAGAAGAGCAGAAGCUGAAUUAAUGAAUUUAAUUUAUAAUUAUAUUUAUAUUAAAUGAGAUAAUAAGCAUAAAAUGAAAGAUUUAGUCGUGUAAGGCAACUUGGUCAAGGAUCGUAUGGGAAGGUUUAUUUGGUGAAAAGAAACUUGGAUAAGUUAAUAAUACCUUAAGUUUUAGCUCUUAUUGGGUCGAAAAGGUAAUAGAAUUAAAUGAGUAAAAUUAAAAUCAAAUCCAAUAAGAAAUUAAUAUUCUUAAAUCUCUAUCUCAUCCAAAUAUAAUAAAAUUUAGAGCAUCUUGCAAAAAUCCAAAAAGAAAUAUGCAUAUUCUAAUGGAGUAUGCUGAUGGUAGUAUUUAUAUUAAUUCUAGGUGGCGAUUUAGAAAAAGUAAUCAAAAAUGCUUAAGGACAAUAUAUUUCUGAAAAAAAAAUUUUAGGUUGGCUUUUUUAAAUAUGUUCGGCAAUUAACUACAUACAUAAUAAUAAAAUAAUUCAUAGAGAUAUUAAAGCAUCAAACAUUUUCUUAACAAGAAGAGGUGAUAUAAAAUUAGGAGAUUUUGGAAUAUCAAGAAUUUUGGAAGAAACAUUAGAAAAAGUGCAAUCUUGGUUAGGGACACCUUACUAUGUAAGUCCUCAAAUUAUUAACAGGGAAUCUUAUACAAAUAAGACUGAUAUUUGGUCUUUAGGAGUAUUACUAUAUCGAUUAUGUGCUUUAAAAUACCCAUUUGAGGGGACCGAUUAUUUCCAAUUAAUUAUUCGGGGUAGAUAUCAACCAAUUCCUGAUUAAUAUUCUAAUCAUUUGAAAUCUCUUAUCGAAAACAUGUUGUAAAUAGAUGAAUCUAGGAGACCUACUGCAUAAUAAAUAUUAGGUAAAGAUCAUGUUUACUCCUAGAUUCAAUUGAAAAUAGACUUACAAAAUAUUAAAGCGAAUUAAAACUCCAACAAUUAUAAUAGUAAUAAUAAUAGCACUUAGAUUAAUUAUUUUAAAAUGAUAACAGGAUGGUCAAUUAUAAAGAAGAUCUACCACUUUUCCCACGAUUACCAUUUUUAUGGGCUCCUUUAAGGCAUUAAAUAAUUCAAACACCGCAGUAAAAGCACCCGCUAGGUAUGGCAAAUGGCUAUUAGCACAGAAUUGAGUAAAAAAUUGCCUCAGAUAGGGCAUAAAAUAAGAUAUUGAGGAAAGUUUUUUUUUUGACAUUAUUUUAUGCAUUGUAAUUUAUUUAUUAAUUAAAUCAAAUUUGAAAUUAAUGAACCUAGAAUAAUAUUAAAGUUAAGUGAAAAUUGAAAUAUCUUUUAUAAAAACAAUAAUAUUUGAUAAACAAGAAAGAGAAAAUAUUUUCUAAAUAAACAAUUAAUAAAAAUAUGGUCAUUUCAGGUUAAUUUCAUUUAUAUUUUAGAGUUCCAACUGAAUUUCCCAAACUCGAAGUUCCUAGAAUUAGAGCUUUAGCCCCACAACCUCACAGGCAUUUUGAAAAUGAUGAGAUGGAAAGGAAUAACAUAAAAAAAUAUAAAAGAGUUGAUGAUCUACAUGAAUUAUCACCUCCUAAGCUGAAAUUAUAUAAAUAUUAGGGCCCAAAAUACAACGAAAAUCAUUUGGGAAAUUUCUAAAUAUCAUUCUAUGAAAAAGAAUAAAGAAAAAAUGGAUAUCUUUAUUGA